CGCGGAAGUGCCCUUUGCAAUUCAAUUACCAUUCGAGUCCAAACAGAAAAUAUCACGAGACUUCGUCAAUUAACUGAAGCAAGAGAAGUUCCGCUUUUUUUUUCAUAUCUACAACAAGCAAUCAUGGACAGCCAAGCUCAAAUCGACAUUUCGAAGCUCAGCGCUUCCGACCGCAAGGAACUGAACCAGUUCCUGACGAACGAGGCUCAGAAGUCCAAUAUUCAGCAGACCGUCCACCACCUCGCCGAUGUUUGCUGGAAGAAAUGCAUGACCGGCAAGAUUUCCUCUGGCCGAUUGGACCGAACCGAAGAGGCAUGCGCUAAUAACUGCGUUGAGAGAUGGAUGGAUGCCAACCUGGCUGUUUUGAAGCACUUGGAGUCGCUACGAGGACAGUAAAUGCAUACAUAUAAUCAUAUGUCAUUGUCUGUUACCAUGGAGGAGGAGGAGGGAGGGAAUAAGAAAAGAAUGUGGUCUUCUUUUUGAUUGAUUGAAGGAAGAAGACUGGGAUUCUUUUCUCUUUUUCUUUCUUUUUGUUGAAUACUGUAUAUUACUAUCCGAUGCGUACCAUGAAACGUUAAUAGGGCAUGCGUGGACAAAACGGGUGAUUGGCAAAUCUUAAUGACCACUUUACUUUGAAUAUAUGUCUAGUAAUUGAAGUCUAACAGGGU